UCGAUGACGAAUCGAUGAGUAAGGCUUGGAAACAGCUGACUGACCGAAAUCACUGCGCACUCUGAAAUGUCUCAACAAAUACGCGUCUUACAAUGUUCGGAAUGUGGUUUAUAUCAGGUGGACAUUGUAAAGAAAUCAAACAAAUGGGAGUGUAAAAUCUGCCUUCAAAAGCAGAAUGUAGGCAAGGAGUUCUUGCGGGGCUCUGGUGCAGAAUGUCGAGCAAAAGUGCAACAUUUAAAUUUGGAGCAGGCACAAAAGUCACAUGUACAAGAUGAGCGUAAAAUAUUGGCGGCACAACAAAAUGAAGAUUGCGACAACUCGUUGCCAACUCAACGCACAAAGUCAUCGAGCAAAUGGGCUAAUUAUGUUGAUGCGCCAAUUGCAGAGAUCCUCCCUGCAGAGAGGCCAAGAGCACAUUGUCCACAAGCCGAGUGGGAGGCAUCAGAGAAGACUUUGCCAACUAGGAACCCAAGUGGUUCCGGCAACAAGCGAACGUCUGAAAGCCAAUUUGUGGUUAAUAAAAAGCCAUGCUCAAAAUGGCAAAACUUUCUGUAAUUGUAGAUUGUAGUUUAAAUGAAGAUCAAAUAUAUGUGUUCUAUUUAUG